AUGAGUCGGCCGAGCAAGACGAAUAAGUGCCAAAUUUUGCACACUUCCCCUAUUUCGCGAAUAUACUUUUUCAAUCAUAACUCGGCCAAAACUUGUUUUUUUCUAUACAUCUGUCUGUGUACAAGAUAUAGCCCUCAACUGUACGUCUCCUUUUUGGGAAAUCAAUAA